AUGCCACCCGCGGCCCCGGGCGGCCCUAAUCGGAUUGUCCCCGCUCGGUGCGACGGGCAGCGGAGCCGCCAUCAGCCGCCGCUCCCCGGAGCGGAGCUAAUCCGAUUGAGGCGAUCCCGCAAGCUGGUGCAGCGCUCCUUAGCUCCGUGCCGGCCUUCCCUGCGGCCCCGCUCCGGAUCUGCGGCCCGGCCGGCGCGGGCCCUGCUGCGAGCCCCGGCAGCGGCAGGGCCGGCCUGCGGGGCGCUGCUGCUGCGGCCCUGGGAGCGCCCGCCGGAACCGGCUACGCUGCCGCCCAUCGGGGAGCCGGAGCCCGCUCUGGGCUGGCUCCAGCGGGCACACAGAGGCCGCGGGACUCCCGGGCAGGCGCAGGGCACCAGCAGCCAGGCAGCAUCACAAGGAGGGCCGUGCCGGGCCGGGCCGGGCCGGGCCGGGCAGUUCGCCGUGCCGGAUAGUUCCGGGCCGUGCCGGGCCGGGCCGGGCAGUGCCGUGCCGGGUAGUUCCGGGCCGUGCCGGGCAGUUCCUGGCCGUGCCGGGCCGGGCCGGGCAGUGCCGUGCCGGGCCGGGCCGCGGGCAGUGCCGUGCCGGGCAGUUCCGUGGGCCGGGCCGGGCCGUGCGGACCGCCUGCCGCCCGCCGGGCCGCGCGCCGGGCAGGGCGGGGCGCGGGGCCGGCGCCGCUGCCUUCCCGGCGAGUGGGCGCCGCGGCCCGGCUCCCGGCCCGGCCCGGCCCGGUACGGCACGGGACAGACCGGCGGCGCUGCGGGGCCCGAGCGGGGCCGGGUCGUUGUCCGGCUGCCGCCGGAGCCUCACGGCAGCCCCGAGCCCCGGCUGGGAACUGUGCAGGGAGCGCGGCAGCGGCGCAGGUAG